AUGCCGUGCCAGUCGCAAGCUUCGUGCGAGGGCUGCUCCUGCAGCCCGAAUGGCAGCCAGGGGGUUGUCAAUAUUGAGGACUGCGAAGCAGAGCUGCUCGCUCUUCGCAAAAGAACCGUGGAGCUCGAAAAAGCGUUGGUGUCGAUGAAAAUAACAUCGUCGGGCAACACAUCGAAAGCCGGACGUAAGCUGCGGUCCACGAAGUGGUUCCAAUGUGAAGAUGAUCCGGGAAUGAUGGCCCUAUACAUUGAACGUUACCUGAAUUAUGGCGUGACGAGGGAGGAACUCAUGUCCGGCAAGCCUAUCAUCGGGAUAGCUCAGACCGGAUCCGAUCUAGCUCCGUGCAAUCGCCAUCACUUGGAGCUUGCAAAAAGGGUUCGAGAAGGUAUCAGAUCUGCUGGAGGAAUCGCCUUCGAAUUCCCGACACACCCUAUUCAGGAGACCAGUCGGCGACCCACCGCCUGCAUCGAUCGAAACCUGUCCUAUCUCAGCCUCGUUGAAAUCCUUCAUGGGUAUUUCUUGGAUGGCGUCGUCCUUCUUACCGGAUGCGACAAGACCACCCCGGCAUGCUUGAUGGCUGCUGCCACUGUCAACAUCCCUGCUAUAUGUCUCAAUGUUGGUCCAAUGCUCAACGGCUAUGUGAAAGGUGAGCUGGCUGGUUCGGGAAUGGUGGUCUGGAAAGGUAGAGAGAUGCACGCUGCAGGAGAGAUUAACACGGAGGAAUUCGUUGACUACAUUUCCCGCGGUGCACCGUCAGUAGGCCAUUGCAACACGAUGGGUACGGCAUCCACUAUGAAUGCGCUUGCAGAAGCCCUUGGAAUGGCGCUACCUGGGUCAGCUGCCAUUCCUGCCCCGUACCGAGAACGAGGCCAAUGCGCUUAUGAAACCGGGUUGCGGAUUGUCGAGAUGGUACAUUCUGAUCGCAAGCCAAGCGAUAUCAUGACCCGGGAGGCAUUUGAGAAUGUCAUUGUUGUCAACACGGCAAUUGGGGGGAGUACCAAUGCCCCCAUUCAUAUAAACGCGAUCGCAAAGCAUAUCGGUGUGGACCUUUCGCUGGAUGAUUGGGACCGUCUCGGGUUUCACAUUCCUCUCUUGCUGAACAUGCAACCUGCGGGGGAGCUGCUAGGUGAAGAGUAUUACCGAGCAGGAGGGCUGCCGGCUAUCAUGGCGGAGCUGCUGGACGCAGGCAAGUUGAAUGCAGAUGCUGUGACGUGCAAUGGCCAUACUGUAGCAGAAAACGUCCGUGGGGGUCAUACCUGGGAUCGCCGGACGAUCAGAGCAUAUGACGACCCGAUUCUCAAAGAUGCUGGCUUCCUUCACCUGCAAGGUAGUCUGUUCGAGUCCGCCAUCAUGAAAACAUGCGUCAUUUCCGAGGAGUUUAGGCAGAAAUUCCUCGAGAAUCCCGCCGAUCCAAAUGCAUUUGAGGGAAAUGUGGUAGUUUUUGAUGGACCGGAAGAUUACCACCACCGGUUAGAAGACCCCUCCACGCCCAUUGAUGGCCGAAGUAUUCUGGUGAUGCGCGGGGCUGGCCCACUAGGGUAUCCUGGCGCAGCUGAGGUGGUCAAUAUGCACCCUCCGGGAAGGCUCCUGCGAGAGGGGGUCAAGUCACUGCCAUGCAUCGGCGAUGGACGGCAGUCGGGAACUUCAGGAUCCUCAUCCAUCCUGAACGCCAGUCCUGAAGCAGCAGCGGGUGGCAACCUGGCUCUUCUUCGGGAUGGAGACCGGCUCCGGGUGGAUCUCAAUCAGCGACGUGUAGAUAUCCUUGUCCCCGCAGACGAAUUAAAGGCGCGAAAGGACAAGCUAGAAGCAAGCGGGGGUUACGAUAUGCCGGAAAGCCAAACCCCAUGGCAGGAGUUAUUCCGGAAGGAGACCACCCAGUUGAACGAAGGAAUGGUCCUCCGCGACGCUGUCAAAUACCAACGGCUGGCGCAGCGAUUCCCGGAGCCCAGGCACAAUCAUUAA